CCUCCCGCGCUCUGAGGUCGCCGAGAUGUGGCACAGCGUGGGGCUGACCCUGCUGGUCUUCGUGGCCACACUGCUGAUCGUCCUGUUGCUGAUGGUGUGCGGUUGGUAUUUCGUAUGGCAUCUAUUUUUAUCGAAAUUCAAGUUUCUGCGGGAACUAGUGGGAGACAUAGGAUCCCAGGAGGGAGAUCAUGAGCCUUUGGGUUCUGAAACUGAAGAAGACAAUUCAUCCUCUCUGCACAAGAUGAGAUCUGCUCGCCAAAGGAGGGCACCUGCUGAUGAAGGCCACUGACUAUGGAUUCGGUUCUUAAUUAGUCCACAAUCAAAGGCAAUCGCAAGCCUCUGUGUUUAGUGACUGCACUUUGAAAUUUGCUAAAUGACAGAAGAACAUUUAUACAUGGAUUUUUAUGCCCAGUUCAAAAAAAGAUUUGCAUGUAAGCCAUACAGAAAUAAAGGGAAUUGAAACCAAAUUGGACCAUGAAAAUGUAAUAUUAAAGGUCAUAUUUUGUUUCACUAGCUUUCUGCUUAACACAGUCCUUGGCUCUUGUCCUUUUUUUUUUGCACUGAUGUAAAUCUGGUAAAUUUUUCAGGCUUGAAAAAAACAUUUUUUAUUUGUCAUAAAAUGUACUCUUUACUUUUUAACGUGUCUGAAAUUUGGAUGCACCUCAUUACUGUCAACCAGGUGAUAAUCAUGUAAUUAUCCUAGCUUGGGCAUGUGUGAAUUUACAGCUUAUCAUACUGUCAACACCUGAAUCGAUAUGUGUGUGGUUGGCAUCAGGUAUGUCGGUUUAAGGAGCAUUUUAAAAAUGUCUUCAAGAAGAUUACACUGUGACUCAGCAUUGAGACGAAAGGUUAUCAUGUGUGCUCAGAAGCAUGGAAACAGAGCAGUGGGGCAUACAUUUGAUACACAUGAAGCAAAUACUCAUCAUUGGAGAAAUGAUUGAAAUUCCAUAGUUUCUUACAAAGCAACCACAGAAUACUUUAUGGGUCCUAAGAAAGGAUGAUACCUACAAGUAGAUGAAACUGUACUCGUCUGUGCCGGAGAGGUGCAUGCAAAAGGAUUGCCUGCUACAUGCCGCGCGAUGCAGUUGAAGGCAGGAGAAAUUGCCAAAACCCUCGGAAUCCAUAACAAAAUUCAGAGCAAUAAGAGGCUGGUGUGACUGGUUCAUGCGGGGAGCAGGACUGUUGUUCAGACAUCCAACAUGGCUUCGUCCAGUGCUUCCCAUUGACAACAGACAGAAGACAGCUGUGGCUCUUUGAGAAGCGCUCCGUCAUCGGUGGUGCUGCGGCACGAAAAGUGGUUCCGAAGAGUUGGACUCAGAAUACACAGUUACAGUUCUAACCUAACCAGUUUAUUUCACACAUUCUUAAUGUAUACACAAAAUGGACACGAUAAAAAUCUGUUUAACUUUAAAAGCACUGCUAACGAUCAAUAUAAAAUAAGUAUUUUUGAGAGAUGAGGCAUUACGUCAUAGUGUAACGGACAGUGGUUUUUCUUAGUAAUACAUAUGGUGCAUCUUAACUAAUGGUAUCUUAGAGAAUGAUACUUGUAUUUCUUUUCAAAUAGCAUUUAUUUAUUGGGGGCUUAGUUCUGACUUACAAUAUCAAAAUUGUUAUCUUCUAUGAAAUGUUUUCUUUUUUAUUAACCUAUUCAAAAUUUUAGAGUAGUAUUUUUGGAAUCUUAAGAACCCUCUUCUACUUCAGGAAGACUAGGAUUAGUCACUCCCUUUGUAUAGGAGGAUUUUAUGCUCAAGGCAUGUGUUAUGGAGAAAAUACUUCUCCACAGACACUUCAGUGACAAGACCUCAAAGGUACUGGGUAUUAAAAAUAUGGAUGAAACUACCUGUUAACUAUAAAAUGACUCUUAUGAGAUUUCUGUGUUUGUCUUCACUGAACUUCAGACUGAGCAUUAUUAUGAAAGAGAAAUAGGAUUUGAAGAACUUUUCUGUUUAGCGGUCCCUGCUUUGUACAAGAAUGAAAUGCACAGCCAACUUAUUUUAUGAAUCUGUGUUCUUUUGGUUUUUAGCCUUUUUCCUUAACUGGCUAUCACCUCUGUUUUAUGGUGGUACUUAAAUACGUUCAGUACCUCGUUCUUCAUGCUGACAAUGUUAUUGAACUGUUUGCUGGCUCUUCCCCAGGUUCUUCUGUUUCUCAUGAACACCUCUUUGCUGAUACUGUACUAGAAGGGAAUUCACAGAGCAUAAUUGUAGUUUUUAUAUUUGCUGGGGGAAGAUUCCCAGCAUUUGAGAAUGGGGCACAAUCAUUCUGUCUUCAUUUCUGUACUGGGUGUGAUGUGACUGGCUAGGGCAUAAAAAGCAGCAUGUUUCUAGCAUUAGUUUUGAUGUUUCAUAUUUUGCUAGUGCUAAAUAACACAUUAAAAUUGUCAUCAGACAAAAAUGUUCAACAGCGUCUUGGGACUGAAUGGAUAUUUAAAUUAGAUUUUUCAGUCUGCUGUUUGGAGCUCUGGAUUUUGUUGUAUGUUUGUGUUUUAUGGUAGAUGUCUAAGGUUUAGAUCAUAAUUGUUGCUGGAAAACUUUAGCUGUCAAGUUUCCUGUUAUGUCAGUAUUUAAGAAUGAUGGCUGAUGUAACCUUCUUCUGAAAUCCAUAGAUGUGCCCAAAUACAAGAUAAUUCGUGUAAAGCUGCAGAUGUCGGGCACUAUUUAUUUAUGCUUCACGCAUUUCUUGUUUUAUAGAAUUUUAAGAAAUGUUAUACUUAUCUUACUUGAAAUAUAUACCUAAAAACAUGGCUCAUACUCCUUGGGGAGAGUAAAAAGAGAUGACUGGUGCCAAUAUGAAGAGUCUACAGACUAAGCCUUUUUUUUUUUUCAUGCACCUAACCUACCAUAGUGUGUAUGUGUAAGGCCAAGACAAGAGGGAAGAGAAAUAGUUCGUGCAGAAUUACUUCUGUGAGACGGUAUUUCUGUCCUUUUCCCUGUUUUAGAGCUUUUGUAGCUGAACUUACAGAAUGACAUUACAAUUGCAUUUUCAGUCCAUGUGGAAAAUGGACUAGCCUGUGGUUGAUGUUAGCGUUUAAAAGGUUAUGAACAUUAAAAUUAUAAAUAUUAGAAUCUUGCCUGAACUCUCCCCAAAAAUGGUGUGAUCAAAUAUGCCAUCUUUUUCAGGAUUGAUUCUAAAAUUGAGGACUCAGGUAGAUUGUCUCAUUUCUUUCUCACCCAACCAUUCCCAGAUCUUUUGCCUCUGAAACUUUUUGUGAAAAAUUGCCUGUAUUGUAGCAUUAUUUAGGUUUUUAAUGCCAAAAACACUAAAUGUAUAGCACGCUUAAAUGAGAUUUUGAAUAUUUACAUCAAAUUAAAUAUUCAACACUCCUAAUAUAUGUUCAUAGUGGAAAUAAAUGUGUGGUAGACAGCCAUGUCAGACAUGUUAACCCAUUUCUUUAGAUGUUACUAGGUUUAAGAACCAUUUCAAAUUAUUUUUCUGAAAGUUUAGAAUAUAUAAAAGUAAUGCAGUCACAAAAUACGGCAUUUUAAAACAUGUUGAAAGAUUUAAAGCAGUACAUUUUUCCUUUCAAGAGUAACAUUUUUGAAGUUAUACAUCAAUGAUGCUGUCUUUUUUAAAGUCAGUUUUUCUUAAAAGGUGUAUUUUGUGUAACAUGAAAUCAGUUAACUAGAUUUUGCUUGGUAAAUUUAAGUGCUUUUAUAUUUCAAGUUGACUUUAAAAAGCCACGAGCAGUCCUCAAAGUUUAUAGACUCAGGCGAAUUGUAGAAUAGUGUUUGGUUAUGGAAUCUAGAAUUAAAGCACCUUGCAUUGUCUGGUUUUAAGUGUCACAGAGUUUUAAAGCAUAAAGAGUAACAUUUUCUCUUAUAUUAAAGUUACAUUUCCCAUUUGUUGUGUACAUGAUGAUCUACAAGGAAUGUUUAACAUUGCCCUCCAAGUGAGUUCUAUGCAUAACCAUUUACCAAAUACUACUGAUGUGGUUUCUUCAAGGAAGCAUUCUGUGCCGUGCUGUGAUGCAUUGUCAUCUUGCUGCUUGACGAACAGGUUUGUAAGGAACCAGAGCCAUGUGUGUUAACAGGACCUUUGUGUAACGAGAUGUAAAAUUAAACCUGAGGAAUGUGCGUAAAUGAUCAGUGUUCUAAAUGGUCAGUACUAUAUCUAAAGCUGUGGUUUGUAUGUUUUAACUUUCAUGGCACAGAAUAAAUUAAAAU